GUGAGCUGAAGUUUUACUGUGAUAUGUUUACAUUGUUAUAAUUAUGGAUGCCCUGUAAUUAACGGGAGCGCUUUACACUUUAAUGUUUAUUUCGCUGUGAUAAGAGUUUAUGUCUACCGCUACGUUAUACACUAAAUACUUCUCAUCCUCUUAAAUAACUAAACGCAAACAUGUCGAAACACAAAACAACCAAGAAAAAGCUCAUUAUUGAAGAUGAUGAGCCAGAAGAGGGUGAGGAGGAACUGAACCCCUUCUCUUUUAAAGAAUUCAUCAGGAACAAAAAUCAACCAGUCUACCCCACCGAUGGAGUUGAGAAAAUGUCAGGUGCUGCCUGUCAACUGGCAGAUGAAUAUGAGUACUCCAGAGGCUUUGAUCACAGCCCAAAAAGUCACUUUUUUACAGAUCCCUCUUUGCUUGCUCAGUCUUUUUAUGAUGAACAUGAGGGUGAAUGGACUGGAAACUACCAGCACUCAGCUGCUGAACAGCCACAUGGACUGUCUGGGAAUCUAGAUGGCAGUGCUUUUUUGGAUCACUCCUUAAUGUCUAAAGAUGAAACUGUGGACGAGUGGGAAGUGGGAAAUGACUUCUUACCUGACACUCGCUUUCACAGAAAAAGCACUGGCAGCUAUGAGGGAGAUGUGGAGACCUCAGUCAUCGACGUGACCUUCCAAGCUAAGAAGAACAGCACCGACAAUGUGGUUAGAGACCAGCAAAAGCUAAGAGAAGAAAACUCUCAGCUUAGAAGGUAUAUUAGAGAGCUGAUCAAAAAGUCUGAAGCUGACUCUGCAAAGAUCAGUCAGCUCACAGAUGAGAUGCACAAUCGAAAGAUGCAAGAAGAAAGAGAAGCUAAAGCCUUAGAGACCAUGGUGCAAUCUGUGGAACAAAAUCUCCAGCUAAUGACAAAAAGAGCAAUUAAAGCUGAAAACAAUUUGUUGAGAUUAAAACAAGAGGUCCAGCAACUUCAGGGCCAGGUAGAGAGCUACAAAUGUGAAAAUGAGAGACUUCGAGCUGGGGAAUCUGCUGCAUUACACACAAUGAGACAAAAUGCACAAGUGGCAUCGGAGUACCUUCAUAAAGUCACUCAAGAUGCAGAAAGUUCCAUUAAGCAGCUGCUAACAGGAAGAGAGACUUUGUGCCUUGUAUCUGCUCUCCUCAGUUCAAUAGACAAGAUCACUGAAGUUCCAAAAUAAUAGCUCAUUUUACUUCAGCCUGCCUUUGUUAUUUUUGUUUUGCUUUUAAUCUUUUUCAGAUGCCUACUUAUGAUGACUAUAACAUCGUUGUAAUCCGUUAUUUUUUUUUACAUAUAUUUUUUGUACAUAUAUUUUUAACAAAUAUAUGUUGUGCUUAGUAAACCCAUUUUUUACCGAGGGUAAGUAAAGACCUGAUGGUACAUUAAAGUAAAGCAAGACAUUUCUUACUUACCUUUGAGUUUUAUAGUAACUGUUGAAUAACUGUGUGACAGUUUGCAUAGAUAGUUUUGACCUGUUACCACAGUGGUAUUGAAUCUGUUGGAAUGCAGUUAAACUGUUUGGAGUUUGGAGCAAAUUAUAGAUAGUAGAAUAUGAAUUUUGGUUAUUGCCAUCUGAAAAGGAGUGACACAGCUAAUGGAGGCAUCGGCAUCCUGGAGACCUGGAUUUAUUAUUUUGUCUUUUGCAUUUUAUCCAAAAAUAGUGGUGUAUCCUUAAUAAGGAUAAAUUGAUGAAUAAUUCAAAACCAACAUGCAUCAGGAAGCUACAAUAUAUAAAAGCCUGAAUUUUUGCAACAUAUCCCCAAACUAGCCACCUGUUUCCUUUACCAGUGUGAAUGUACCCUAAUACUCUUUCUACCAAAUAGCAGAGACACACUCGAACAUUUGGAAACGGCUAACAAUUUAUUUUUAUUUUUAAAUAGGUUAUUUUAAUUUUGUGUGAAUAUGUAACUCUUGCACAAUAUGAAAUAUUUAUGUAAUGUGCACCACUAAUUUGUUAACAAGAAACACACUGGCUCACGCAGGCCAAAUGACCUUAACUUUAGAUCUUUAGAACUUUAGAAACUGGAAAUACUGUUAUUGAUGCCAAAAAUGUGUACACACAUUGCACUUCAUUUGACCACAGAGUCAAAUAAAUCUGCACAUAGAA